AUGGAUUAUUUAACUAAUACAUUUUACAGAAUAAAAAAUUAUUUUUUCAGUGAUAACAAUAACAAUAAUAACAAUAAUAACAAUAAUAAUAACAAUGAUGAAAGCAACACCUGCACACAACCAUCUAAUUUAAUAAUUUCCAAUGAUUAUAACAACAACAAUAAUAUCAAUAAUAAUAAUAAUAUUAACAAUAAUAAUAAUAAUAAUAAUAAUAAUAAUAUCAAUAAUAAUAAUAAUAUCAAUAGUAUCAAUAAUAAUAAUAUUAAUAGUAUCAAUAAUAAUAAAAUAAUAAUAAAUUACAUUUCCCAAAACAGUCAAUCCCCACUUGACCAAUGUAUUUAUGCCCCAUCACACAAUCAAUCACCAUCUCAACCACAAAAUAUAAUAUCAGAAUCACCAUUCCAUAGAUCCACUGAUAUUAUUCCAACUUUUCCAGCAACAAGAUCACCAUAUACCCCAUCACACAAUCAAUCACCAUCUCAACCACAAAAUAUAACCUCAGAAUCACCAUUCCAUAGAUCCACCGAAAUCAUACCAACUUUUCCUGCAACAAGAUCACCAUAUACCCAAUCACAAAAUCAACUCCAAUCUCAAUUUUUUAAUUCUUCUCAAUCAAAUACCCCAAUUCCAACAAGAUCAUCAUCCAAAAUUAAUUCAGAUAAAGAGCCAGAAUCAAGCAAUCUUUCUACAGUUGCAUCAACUGGCAAUCCAAUAAAAACAAGACCAUUGGAAGAAGAUGAUAUAUCAAAUGAAAGUGAUAGAAAAAUUAACAAAAAAAAAAAACUCGAUGAAGAGAGUUUAAAAAAAGAUAAAGAUCGUGCUAAAAUGGAAAAAUUAAAAAAAGAAAAAGAAGAAAAAGAAAAAUUAGAAAAAAUUCAAAAGGAAAAAGAAGAAAAAGAAAGAUUGGAAAAGCUCCAAAAAGAAAAAGAAGAAAAAGAAAAAGAGGAAAAAGAGAAAUUAGAAAGGGGACUAUUGGAAAUAGAUUACCAUUGUAAUAUUUGCAUAGAUCAAAUAGAGACCAUAAAAAAAGCAACAAUUGAUUGCAAUCAUAAAUUUUGCUUUGAUUGUAUAUUAGAAUGGUCGGAUCAAGCUAACACCUGUCCAACAUGUAGAAAAAGAUUUUAUAAUAUAAAAAGAGACAAUUAUGUUGAAGGUUUAGUAAACAGUGCCAAUGUCCCAUAUAGAGUUCAAGGAGAUGAUAGAUGGCCAAAUUAUUACAGUACACUCCAAGAAUUAAUCCAUGAAGCCGCUCAACUCCCACCAAUUCCAUACCCUUUUCCUUACAAUUCUUAUCCUGGUUUAUAUAAUAAUGAAGAUCACCCAGGAAAUGGCGAUGAAGAUGGGGGUGAAGAUGACGAAUUUGUUGAUACUAUGGAUCUCUAG